AUGAAUCAAGAGCCAUCAACUUCCGCAGAAAAUCCAGGUUUCGCGAAAGUUAUUCUAACCGUUUUUUAAGAUUUUUUUUAUCUGUUAAGCCUCCGGUAUUUGUACAGCUUGACUCAUGGAAAUUGACACAAAGAUGAAUCGAGAAGUCGAUACAAGUAGCUACCGGGUAGCAACUUUUAAAAAAGUCAAUUGACGUGUGGUAAUCGGUGGUCGUUUGUAUGCGACCCAGGUACCAUCUUUAUGGUACCUGGGUCGGAGGUCGAUGCAAGUAGCUACCUGACAUUCGCGAUUUCUUUCGGAAAGUCUGGAAUUGCUUCCCGGGUCGUUAUUUUUUGUUGCAGCUUUAUCCAAUAAGACCCUGGAAGGCUUGGGAAGGUGUAAAAAAACACUGAUGGUAUAUAAACGACCGAUGUGCCAGCCAGUGGCAAUCGCGAAUUUCAGGUACAUACCCGGUAGCAUCCAGAUACCGAUCAGAUACUAUCCAGGUACCAUAGAGAUAGUACCCGGUCGCAUACAAAUGACCACCGAUUACGAUUCGCCGAUUCACUUGAGUUACUACCCGGUACAUACUUGUAUCUACCUCUCGAUUCACCAGUGCAAGAGAUUUAUCAUUAGGGCGCGCUUUUUCACGCCUUUUUGAUUUAUUUUUUCUUCUUUCUUCUCGGACAUCGGUAACGCAAAACGGACGUGCUCCAAAUUUUUCUGAGCAAUUCUAAGGAUCAAUUAAUAAUGAUGACGCUUUCACUAGUAAUGCUCCAACACGUCCGAUUCGCGUCCGUUUCGCGUUUCCAAUGUCCGAGUUUUUCUUCUUUUUGGGAGUUUUUCAUGUCCUUUUUGAAGUGAUUCCGCGAAAUUUUGGAAAUUUUUGAAACCUCGUCAGUUUUAAGAAUAUGACGUGAAAAAACAUGUCCGGGCGUGAUGGACCGUUUCUAUAGUCUGUUCAGAUUAUGAAUGUCAAGCAGCUUAUUUCGCCCCGAAUGUUGUAAUAUCUUUCGCGUCAAUGUUUCAUCGUAGAUGACAUGUGAAUAUACUUUUAUUUAUGUUCUCCUUUGCAAUUGAACACAGAAAAAAAAAACCCUCGGCUGCUUUUUAGAGCGUUGGGCUGGUACCUGGUGUUGUUUAGCCGAUUCAGCAGUUGAUCGCACGCCGUCCGUCAUGGAUCUAGUGUCGUCGAGUUGCAUGGACUGAUCACAAGUGCUUUGAAAGCUUUCUGCAAUAUUUUCAUCAUUGAAAAAAUCAAGUCGAUUGCAUCAUUUGAAUCACAAUGAUUUGAAUAAAUAGCUAUGUAAAGUCAUAAGUAAGUUAGGAAAGCUUUAUGCAGUCAGAAGAACUAACUAGGCGGUGCGCUAGAGCUCCGCUCGGCCUUGUCAUUACUAAUCCUAGACGCCGAAAGCCGUGACGGCAUUUUCCGCGGGGGUCCCAUCAUCGCUUUGUCAGCAUCGCGCUGCCAACAGUUUCUGCUUCGGCCACAGGAAUGGGCUUCAGCUUGACUUUGCGUAUCCAAUUCGCAAGCGAAAAGGAUCGGCACUCCGGGAGUCCCGCGGGCCUAAUCUACUAGCGCUUAUAGCUCAACUAUUUUGGCAGUUAAAGCUUUUAUGAAGGCUCAAAACUUAUCUUGACGUUGAAGAAGCAAGACGAAUCGUAAAGGAAGCAGAAAUGAUGAUUGAAACCAGGCCAAAAAAGUAGAAAUGACACGUUGCCACGUGGUUUUUUUGUACGUGUUAUUUUUUUCGAUAUUAAAAAAAUGAGGGCUUGCCACGGGGUUCACGUUUUUUGCAGAGAAUGAAUUUUUUUAUUCUGAACAAUUUCAAAAAGGGGUGGUAUGAAAAAACACCAGCGAAAAUUCAAACGGCGACUUUUCCGAUGUUUUCAUAUCGCUAGGGAACUUUCCGACGGACACCUUUCCGCCGAAUCCCUUUAUGAUUUUUUUCACUUAGGUUUUUUUCGGUUUAUAAAACAUCUAUAAACAUUUUUUCUUAUUUCUUUGUGUUUAAAUCAUGAGCUCACUACCUACUUUAUAUAGGAAGAUUUAAAACGAAGAUUUUAUCGAGAAAAAAAGUCGGAAAAAGAUUCGUCGGAAAGGUGGCCGUCGGAAAGUUCCCUAGCGAUAUGAAAAAAUCGGAAAAGUCGUCGUUUGAAUUUUCGCUGGUGUUUUUUUCAUACCACCCAAAAAAGACAUUAAAAACUCCCAAAAAGAAAAAAAAGCAUUGGUAACGCGAAAAAGAGCGCCUCAAUAAAAAAUCUUCUGCCAAGUUAUGUGAACCAAGCUGUACAAAUACCGGAGGUUUUGAAGAAACCCAAGGAGAGAAGAAAGAAGAAGACCAAGAUUUGCGGCUCGUCGACCCAUUCGUCGAUUUCGAGUGCGACAUUUGCCACAUGAAGGAAAAGUCCUUGUUUGGAGAUUUGAAAGGAAGUGAUGGAUUGUGAGUUUUGUGCAUAAGAUUUUCAAAUUGAAGUAUUUUGAAUUUCAGUUAUCCUGCCCCGGUUUUCUUCAUGCGAGAUCCAUUCGCGCCGCCAGUGCGAGUCAAAACUCGAAAGCCAAUGUUGGCCGACUUCAUGGUGAUUGGCUCGACGUGUUCCCUUUGCGAUAGGGUCAUUUGUUUCGAUAAGGUGAGAAAUGAAUGGAAACAUCGAAGAAAGGGACAUUUUUAGGCUUGUUCAACAUUUUUCGGGUCGUAUUUUUGCGCCAGCUGUAUCGUAAGAGAGAGGAGACGGUUUCCCGACAAAGUUUUGGAGGUUUUUCCUCAAAUAAUUCCUUUUUUGUUCAUGUUUUUCGUUCAGAUGCUAUCCAAAGCUCAAGCUUCCAUUCAAAAAGAAGAAAAAAAAGAAGUGAAAUAA